AUUGCGACAUGUGUAUCCUGACUAGACAUGGUCUAUGCUAUAAAUAGAACAAGGUGGAAAACCCAGGCGAAAAGAAAGAUAAAAUCAUACUUUAAAUCCGGUUAGGCCCACGCCUAUGACUAAAGGGUGGUGAGUGAGGUGCAAAGUAUUUUUAGAGGCUGAUGAAGAGAGAGAGAGAAAGGAGCAUGAAUACUGGAAGAAAGUAAAUACUUUAUCCGAUGUGCUAACUGUAGGGAGGGAGAAACGGAAUAAAUACUUUAUUCAAUAUACUAACAAAGAUCUCCAAAAAUAAGCAGUAACGUAGUUUUUACACCAUUUCAGCGAAGCUAGACGAACGAUCAAAGUUAUGUCUUUGGUCGAGAAUCUGGGCUUUACUACAGCAAUGCAGUCGAAUGAUCAACUAUCCGUCAUCGCAAGGAAAGAUGCCAUGAACGGCACUGUGAAGCAUGCAGUGCAGCAUGAGGACAGUGACUUGCGACCCUUGCAGACUAGCCAAAAGUUUUGAAAGAGAAACUGGACUCUGCUUCUAUUGCCGAUGACGGCACAGUUAAGAACUCAGUCGCUACCUUCACUACUGCUGAAAAGUCUCUGCUGCAUAGCUGCCCUGAGAAAUUUCUAGAGAAGCAAAGCAAGAUAACUGAACAACUUCGUAACGAAGAAGAUUUGACCAACCAAACAUUCGAUGGACAGAAAUCUCCACUCCUGAUAAAAAUGAAUCUUAUUUAAUCAAACUUGAUCACCGCGAGGAAAGAAAAAUAGUGAGAGAAGGUCCCGCAGAACACGAGGAAGAGAAAGUCCAAAACAGUAACAAAUCAUGUGACAUUGACACACACAACUCUAUCGAGAAUUCACCCUCUCGUCAGACUUCAGGACCUCCCGAGCCUCAUACAUUUUCAAGGGCCCCUUCUCCCACCGAUGAAGGCACAUCAUAUGCAGGUCCGACGGAACAUGACGAAAGCGAAAAACAAGAGGAGAAAAUAAUCAGUGUGUGCAGUGUGAACAGUGACCCUGAAGAUGUCUCUAACAAUGGCUGGGCUCUCAAAUCUACUUUAUCAAAGAAGUUUGGGUCUUUAUGGGGGUUAGAGGUCACCACUCUCAAGAGUGGCCCCACGGAGCACGACGAGCAUGCUCUGCCGCGAGAACCGACCGAAAAUGACGACUCCGGUCAAUUUUACGAUCCAGUGGACAGAAGGUGGUCAAGGAGAUGAACUGUCCGCGGCUGAUAAACAAUCGUCGCGUCGCCUGAUGACAACACGCCAGACACUUACCAGAAUCGAAAGGAUCUGACUACAAAGACUCAACCUCCUUGCGAAAGCUCGGAGUGUUUCAGUCUUUUUCAAGAUCCUCCGCUACCUUCUCACCCAGAUGAGUUUACUGGCGUUAUAUCCGUGAGUUUUGAACGACCAGCACAGCAGGACAAGGUCUGUGCGCAUGUGGGCAGCGACAGAAAAGCCGUGUCAUUCGUGGUGCGUGUAGAUGCUCGUGGAGGGGAGAACGAGGAGAAUACCGAAUGGCAACGGCAGUUGGUGACGGGGCUUUGUCACAUGGAUCCGUCAGAUUGCCAACGAAAAUGCACGCGAGCACAGAAGCAGCAGGCCUGUCGCGACGAUAGGUCCGAUGGCGACAAACAGCAACGCACUGUUACACGGAUGAAAAGGAGUCGUGCUGCUAGCAAUAAUCAUCAACCAGGCCCUGCUUCUCAAGGUUACAGAACAAGAACAUCGACAGCAAAUUACAGUAAACGUAAUGCUAAAAAUAGACUCGAACUUCCAAAGGUGCGGGAAGCGGCGACGACCUCAAGAAAAAACACACACCAGUUCUGUAAGUUUCCAGUUAACAGCAAAAAAAGACAAGUUUUCACAAAAAAGGCAGCCAGGAGGUGGGGUCACACCAAAUUCGGACGUCAACAGAGAAAAAAGGGUAGCGAGAAAUUUGAAACAUACAUUUAAAAUAAAACGAUUACAAGGAGCAAAGAAAUCUGGAAAAUAAAUAGUUCUAACAAUCUGAGAGCAGGAAGUUCUCGCCUCUUUGACGACAAUGCAUGGGCCAGGAGUCAACAUCCUCAGUUCGGCCACAUGCGCGCGAGCUCGCCUCAAAGAAAGCCAGAUCCAACUGGAAGGACAUGCCAGUCAUCGAGAGGUCGUGAUGACCCUUUAUCUCACUCUGCGGCGUCGUCAUUUGAAUUCCAGGACAGGAAUCCUAGUUUUCUGCGGACGAUGCGUAGCAACGCCAAGAAAUAGCCUUCAGUCUCGGCCUAUGCUCAGAGAGCUAAACAGACAUGACAACCGACAGCAGCAUCCAUCAGAAGCGAACAACGACAACGAUUACAAUAAUAGCAACAGCAAUGAUAGCAACAUUGUGUGGCAAUAUGAACUAAGAAACAUCCACAGGGUAGUAGUCCAGUGCAGCCUCACGACACAAAUUAUGAACUGGUACCCCGAGGGCUGUUGUCGGAAACUGAUUGCUCGAGCGUUAGGAGCGAUGGUCCACUGUCAGCCGACACCUGCAGGAGCCAGGCGCAGCUUCCCGCUUCUCCGCUGUUUCAACCAGAAAGCGACAACUUCGACGUUGUUGUGCAUAGAGAAGGUCCUAGCGGUCGGAGAGGAGAGACUCCCGCGUGUCCGAACGCUCUGAGAGCCGUGCGCUUGAGACGACAAGCUGUCUGGGCAGAUGGGUGGCCUGCUGUCAAUUUGCAGACGGUGAGAACUACUCGCGAGGGGACCAUAGUGGACCUACAGACACUUGACGUGGAUAUGCACAGUCCCCUGCACGAGGCUGAGCAAGGUCUUACGGCCGAAAUCCGGUACAUGAACAACCUUCAAACACGCAAUGAAGAGGAUCUAAUGAGUAUAUCAAGUCCCACAAGCAUGGAUCAGAACCCAUGGACACUCCUUACUACACACUUCAGGGCGUCGACACUGGAGGGAAGAGAAGCCAUACCAUGCUGCGUGUGUGAAGCUCGCACAGCUAACGCCAUUUUCUUCAACUGCCACCAUGUUGUCGUCUGCAACCUGUGUGCAGCUGACGUGGAGUUCUGUCCCUUGAUUCACUGCGCCGCAGCGGUGAUCACCUUCAUGAGGAUUAUAUAAUGAACUGUGAGUUGAAAAAGACUCAAACCAGUAAUUUGAGUGUUUAGAAUG